AUGCUACUGGAAGGCAUCCAGGGCUUCGCUAUGGCCCCUGGACUCCCCAAUAUCGACAACCACCCCCUAGACCCAGGGGGGCAGGCGCUAGGUCUGGUGAACCCCGUAGGGGCCUAUAUAGGCACCCCAGCGGGGACAGCACCACCAACGCCCCCCGAGGCAAGUGCAACAGUCCCUCAGAGCGAGGACUUCUUGCCUAGCCUAGAAAUCAACCCUAGGGAGUUGUUUCCCCCCCUAAGCAGCGUGCCAGGCUCCCAGGAAGCACCUAAAACUCUAGAGAAGAAACUACAGGAACACAGCCCUGACGGGACAGAAAGAGCCCCCAUAAAGGCCCUAAUCGGCCCAGCCUACAAAGACAUAGAACAGGCCUUAUUAGGCCACUUUGCAAGCAGCAAUAGCAUAUUACACGCGGAGAUGGCCACUAUAAAGGCCUAUAUAACCUCUCUGAUAGAGGCUAUAAAGCAGCGCCUCACAGGCCAAUUAGGCACUCUAGAGCGCCGUUUCUCAACCCUAGAAGCUCAACAGGCCUCCCCGAACGCCCCAAACCACCCCCUAAAGCCCCUAUCGUCAGGGGGCGACCGCCAGGGCCCACGACAGCCUCUGCCAUCCCAGGGGACGACGUUUGCAGAGGUCACCCAUGGCCCCCAAGCUAACCCGAAUAGGGCCGCUAAGCCCAUAGAGCCACGCAGAGCCUCACCCCCGAUAUCAAAACCACCCCCUGGGGUGAAGCCCGCAGCAGGCCCCCAGUGGGCCGAUAUAGCGGCUAGCAAUGCCCAGGAGUGGCAAAUCAUUACAAAAAAACAGGCUUACUCCCCGAACCAGCCCCCAAAAGUCCAAAUGGACCCAGGGAGCCUAAAUGUGACGGCUGAGCCUGAGGCUAUCCCCAAGGGUAGGAGCGGCCUCGUGGCCGGAUGGGAGGCCUCAGGCAGGAAGGGCAUCAACCCUAACCCGCGGUGCCAGAUCUGGGGAUAG